AUGACAGAUUCUGAGGAUGGAGGGUCGACUGCUUUCAGCAAGUCAUUGCCAAGAGCUUGUGACAACUGUCGUGUCAGAAAAGUCCGUUGUGACAAGACUACACCCUGUUCCAAUUGUCGAACUGCUGGGGUUACAUGCAAAAUUACUAGCCGGCAAAAUGAUAUCACUAAACCACGAUCCAGAGUUCUCAUUUCUAAUCAGUACGAACAAAAAAUAGACCGUAUGGAACAAAGACUCGAAAGUAUCGAAAAGUUGUUGCAAGUAUUGGCCUCGACAGCGAAGACCCCUUCAGACAACGAACAGUCUACAUCGUCUUCGUCAAACUUUACGCCUGCAGGAACUGCAGCUAUAGCCGUACCCACUCCUCAAGUCGAACAAUUCGAGGGUGAAUCAUCUUUGGUGGCUCAUUCGAGACAAGCCCAUGAAGCCCUGCAAAGACUCUUAGAAUCAGCACCGAUCACGAUUCGAAACGACCCUAACACAGUCAGCGCUCUGGCCGCUUUGCGAAAUCUCCUCGAGAAACACCGAUCCGAACCACCUAGUCUUAACCUGCUGUCGAAAGAUGGAUCGCCACAAGACUUACAAUACUCCGAUCUACCUCCAAGAGAGGAGGUGCUGAUACUUCUUGCUUACGUCGAAGCGGAUCCAAUGAGCGAUCUGUUCACCUGGUGGUUGUUCGAAGACAUCGAGGAUUUUUACAAAAUGUAUGACGAGUUCUGUCAAUCACCGGUAAACUGUCCACUUGCAAUAUCUAUACUGGUUUACUGUGCGUUAUGCUGGCUCUUGGACGGCAAUCCGAUCAUGACAAGAGCGGGAGUCGAUGUUACCAAGUACUCUCGAUACGUCUCCACAUGCGAGAGGCACCUGGAGUCAUUAAUAUCAUCCUACAGCCUCUUCUUGGAGCCCACUGAACUCAACAUAGCAGCUCUAUCUGCAGCUGGCGCGUACGCGAUAUAUGUGGCUGAUGUCAAUGCGGCUUGGAUCAUGACGAGCUCUGCAGCGCGGCUAUGUCAAUCUUUAGGAUGGCACCGUUUGACUCCUGAAAGGUGUGGCGGAGAUGAAAAAUACCACAGGAAGGCUGUGUUGUUCUGGUCAGUGUACUUUAUCGACAAGUCGUUAUCACUGCGCCUCGGUCGUGCAUCCGCCAUGCAGGACUAUGAUAUCUCGACUUCUCUCAAGGACCUUUGUGGUGUCUGGGACCGCCAGGAGGGAGGUCACCAUAAAAUGUUCGCGGGAUGGGUUGAGCUAUCAAUCGAGAUGGCGUCGCUGCAGGGCGUCAUUUAUGACAGACUGUACUCACCGGGGAGCACGAAGAGUCUUUCAGAGCGACAGAAGGUUGGACAAGAUCUCAUUAUCAAGAUCCACGAGAUACUGGUACUAAAUAACAAAUGCUUCGGAAACGGGGACUGGCUACUCGAGUACACUGAUUUCUACAAAGAGUCCGGCGACGUUGUUCUCUACAGCCUGUUUACACUCGUCUAUCGAGCCAUGCCAGAUGUCUCCAACGCUCAUCAAUUAUCUCUCCAAGCAGCAAGAUCAACCAUGCAGGUCCAUUAUAGCUGCAGCAAGAAGGUCGAAGCCAUGGGUGCAGGUGUCAAAAUCGAAUAUAUGACUUGGUCCAUCAUGCUAUGUCCCUUCACACCCUUCAUCGUCCUCUUCCGCAACGUAAUCACCGACCUCAAUCUCGACGAUCUGAAACUUCUCGAAGAUUUCGUCACCAGCAUAGAAUGGAUCAACGACAAAAGUCAGCGCGAGCCCCUCCAACGCUUCGGCCAACUCUGUCAAGCAUUCUACAAUCUCGCCAAACACUUUGUCGCUGCCAGGUUGCGUGCAGAUAAUGAACACAGAGCCAUGACGAGUGCGGGUCAAACACUGGUAUUGAACACAAUGCAGCAGCCUGAUUUUGGAACGCCACCGCCGCAGUCACAGUUGGGUGAUAUGGCAUUUCCCGAGGACUUCCAAACUUGGAUGGACACGAACAUGGAUUUUAUGAACGACAAUUGGUUGGCUUUUGGAACGCUUUGA